AUGCAACUACGGGUUUUAACAUUGAAUAUUUGGGGUGUCCAUUUCAUUGCCAAAUUGAUUGAUCAACGCAUUCAAGCUUUAGUUGAACAUCUAACAAAUCUUGAUGUUGAUUAUGAUAUUAUUGGAUUACAAGAGGUUUGGAGUAAAAGUGAUUAUAAAUACUUAUGCAAUCAAUUAAAGAGUAUUUAUCCGCAUAGUUACUACUUUUUGAGCGGCCUUAUUGGUUCUGGUUGUUGUAUUUUUUCGAAACAUCCAAUCAUAGGUGUUUUCGAACAUCGGUAUACUUUGAAUGGUUUCCCACAUAAAAUUCAACAUGGUGAUUGGUUUUGUGGAAAAUUGAUUGGUCUAUGCAAGAUUCUUGUCAAUGGAUAUGUCGUGAAUGUGUACAAUACACAUUUACAUGCGAAUUAUCAUCACGUAAUACCGAAAGAUAUCUAUUUAGGACACCGAAUAUGUCAAGCAUAUGAAUUAAUUCAAUUUAUCGAAAGUACAUCAGCAGCUGAUACAACUGAUAUGACCAUUCUGCUUGGAGACUUAAACUUAACUAGUGAUGAUUUAGGUUUUAAACUUAUUCAAGGUAUUCUUCAGUUAAAUGAUUCUUUUCUUCAACGUAUUAAUAAGGACGUUUUUGACCCGACUGUUGGAAUUAAUGGAAAAACAUGUGAUUUACCUGAUAACCCGUAUGUUAAGCCCCAUCCGUACCAAGGUGAAGGUCAAAGAAUUGAUUAUAUUCUUUACAAAGCACGAAAUGAUAGUGUGAAGUGCAUCGAAGCAUAUCCAACAUUGCAUAAGGUUCCAAAUAGCCCCACUGGUCUUUAUUAUUCCGAUCAUUUAGCAGUCUAUGCUUUAUUCGAAGUUGAGAAGAAAACUUCCAAUCAAAAACCGGGUGAUAACCAAAUUCAGAAAUCGUUGGACGAAGAGACACGUGAGAAUCUUCGUGCAGCGUGUAUUAUUGUUGAAGAAUCCAUUCAACGUAUUCAACGCCAUCGACUAUUUUGUCUUUUACUUGUGAUCUUUUUAAUUUUUGUGUUAUUCUCAUUCAAUGGCAAUCCAUUAUCUAAUGGAUAUCUGUAUCUCAUAUUAAUUUUUGUCAAAAAUCUCGUUUCCCUCAUUGGCAUCGCAUUUGAUGUUUGGCUUUUCGCAGUCGGCAAACCAGUCGAACGAAAUGCACUGAAUGCGAUGCAAAAUAGCAUGUAUUUACGUCUGAAUAAUUCCUAA